AGCAAAUCAAAGAAAUAAAGCCACCAUGUUAAAAUACGCUGUUGUCAUCCUGGCCAUCGUCGCCUGCGUUGCUGCCAAGCCCGGACUCCUGGGUGCUCCUCUGGCCUACACUGCUCCCCUGGCCUACUCUGCUCCCCUGGCCUUUGCUGCUCCUGCUCCAGUCGUGACCGCCACCAGCAGCCAGGUGAUCACCAGGAACUACAAUGGAAUCGCCGAUGCUCCAGUGAUUGCUCCCGUGGCUGCUCCAGUGGUCGCCAAGUACGCAGCUGCUCCUCUGGCUUAUUCCUCCCCUUUGGCCUACACUUCUUCGCUGGCCUAUAGUGCGUUUCCGGCUGCCGCUCCAGUUCUGCUGUAA